GGUUUUGGCGGGGUGUCUCAGUGCGCAGGCGCGACAUCCGCAGUGCGCAGGCGCUGAGCUGCCCACCGCGUUUGCGGGCCUCCGUGGCCUCGCAGACUCGCCGGGUAUGGCCAGCUGGGUGUUCUGUAACCGCUGCUUCCAGCCACCCCACAGGAAGUCAUCCUUUAGCCUGACCAGCUGCGGGCACGUGUACUGUGACGCCUGCCUCUGCAAAGGCAAAAAGGAUGAAUGUGUGAUUUGUAGAGUUCCUUGUCGUACAGUUUUACUCACAAAACAUACCGACUCCAGCAUCCAGGCCUUCUUCAUGGGUAUAGACAGCUUGUGUAAGAAGUAUUCACAGGACACUGCCCAGAUUUCAGAGUUCCAAGACAAGCACAGGAAGAGGCUGCUCGCCUUCUAUCGAGACAAGAUCUCACAGCUGGAAGAGUCACUCAGGAAGUCAGUGCUGCAGCUGGAGCGGCUGCAGAGUAUGAAAUCAUCACAACAAACAGCUUUCAGCACCAUAAGGAAUUCAGUUGCAACAAAGCCGGAUGGGUACGUGUGGCUGCCACCCAACACAUCAGCCCCUGACAGGGUGGAGUCAAUGGAGAUUGACCUUACGCCUUCCCCAGUGAGGAAACCUGAGGUCACGGUGGGCCCUGUGAGAAUCUCCGUGAUUAGUCCGCCUCAGGAUGGACGCAUGGGCAGUGUCUCCUACUGGGGCCCUCAGCAUUCAGGCCUGACACUUGGCCCAACGCCCAGCCAGGCGAGCAUGGCGAAGGCUCUCAGGGUCCCACCUCUGCAGGUGCACUACAAGCUUCCAUCGCCAGCUCCGGUGUCCCAGCUGCCUGGCAGAGCAGGGAGAGGGGGCUCCCCUGGCCCUGGUAGCACCCGGGAUGGGCCCCGGCCGCCCAUCAGCAUCCCGGGACUGCUGCAGAGGCAAAGCACAGGCCGGUGCCCUCAGACAGAGGGGAGGCCUGGCAGAGGAGCAUUCAAGCCGAGUGCCUGAGCAGAUGGCGUCCUGGAGGCCCAGGACUACGCGGGCCCUGGAGAAGUCGUUAGCCUUUCAGAAGCACCGUAGUGACUCAUUCUUGUCUUACAGAUACACCAGUCCUGCUCUGGAAGGGCUCCUGUGACACCUGAAACUUAAAAACAUGUAUUUAAAGGAAUGAACUCCUACCCCAGCAUGUUUCUCAUGUGGCAUUUGCAUUCUUGUGUUCAUCCUUGUGAGGUUAGCACCUGUCUCUUGUGACCCCAUGUCUCCUGCAGGGCCUACUCCCUUCUGGGAGCUGAUGCAGGGGAGAUGAGCGGUCCGCGUGCUGCACCUCCCUCAGUGUCUCUCUUCCUGGUGGCUUGUGCUGCUCUGUGAAGAAUGUGGCUGUUGCUCUGGCUGAGCUUGUCAAGUAGUGUAACUGAAUAAAACAGUCUGGUUGUCUGGCCACCUCUCUGUGCUGUGUUUCAGCACCUCAGACCCUCCUGGGGCCCAUGAGCACUGUGCACAGAGUCCCCGCUUUCCAGGAAGGCAGCAGCACAGCACAGCUCUGCCUCGUCCCUUGUGGGGUGGUAUCGCUCCUGUGUCUACCUGCAGUGCCCAUGCCAGCCUGGGGUACAAGCA